GCGUGCAUGUGCGCGCGUGUGUGUGUGUGUGUGUGUGUGUGUGUGUGUGCGUGUGUGUGCGUGCAUGUGUGCAUGCGUGCGUGCAUGUGCGUGUUUGUGUGUGUGUGUGUGUGCGUGUGCGCACGUGAUUAUUAGCCCAUUACUGUUAUUAACCCAGGUGUGUUUUCUCAAUGACCCAAUCCUCGGUUCUGGAUGGAACCAAGGUGACCCGGCCCAGGCUGGAGGCAGGUCACCAUGAGAGAGGGCCCUGUAACUCGUAGCAACAGCAAAACAUCCAGAAGAGUCCUUGCCAGCCAGAACCUCUCCAGCCUCAACAGAACCAGGGCCCAGUUCAGGUUCUCCAGGUGUCAUCAGAUUUAGUCUCAACCACUUCUUUUACUGCUGGAAGAGAAUGUCCUGUAUUGAAUUGCUUUGGACCAACAACUAAAAUGAUGCUGCAUGUUUCUUCUUCUGUGGUGGUUGUGCAUCUCAGCUAGGUCUCAAAAGCAGCAACACGAGCUCUUCACUGAUGAUAAUUAGUCUUUUUGCUUGUGCAUUUCUCUUUUUUGUUGUUAACCCAGAGCUGAGUUGGAAGCAGCACUGCUCUCUCAGCAGGUGGCCUCUCUUUGGGGACUGAGCUGAGAUUCCAGUGACUUUAUGGGAUGGAGUCAUGAAAUCCAGGUCGUUCAGAGCAGAGCAGAGCAGGAAGAUGAUGGAGGUUGAGUCGUUGAGCCCACGUCGCCCUCUCGGCUUUAGCUGCUUGCUCAGCGUCUCCAUCUGAAAGGUGCCGAUCACUGGGCCCAAACAUACAAAGCUUAUUUUCAUUCCAGAUGGAAGACGAGAGGUGUUGCUGUUCAGGCCCAGAUUCUUAAAAACAGCAAGUGAACUGAGAACAGCUUCACAUUUACAGCAGUGGAUAUGAAUGACUGUGCUCACAGGAGGAGGAGGAGGCCAGAUCGCUCCCACGAGGAUUCAUUAACAGGUAAUGGCCCAAUGAUGAAAUGUCAGACACACAGUGGAAAAGACUAGAGAAGCACAGGAAGUGAUGUCAUCAGGAGCGGAGGUUGCUGAUUGGACAGAAGAUUCCCAGUCAGCUGUUAUAAAACCUGAUGUGAAGCUACAACAACACAGAAACAGAAAGAAGAGACGGCAGCAGCAGGACAGAGCUGCUCCUCACUGAGACUGAGACCUCUGUCAAGAUGCACGUCUGCGGCUGUUUGCUCGUGUCCGGCCUGGUGUCCAUCAUCCUGCUCCACUGCAGCGACGGCCUCAGGGUCCAACCGCAGCACUUAGACUGGACCGCGUCCACGUCUUCACAGCUCCACCCCAAAGAGGUGAAGGAGAGGAAGGCGCUUAGGGUGAAGCUGCUCCGCGCGGACGAUCAGGUGGAGAUAGAAAAUGAUGUCAUGGAGCCAAAGAGAAAAAGGAGUUUCCCUGGUAACAACGCACCACUGGAUCGCCUGUCCAUCAGCUCCAUGGAGACCAAGCAGGCGACGAACAAGCAGAGCAAGGAGUUGCCACGGCAACGAGUCAAACCUCCUCCCAUCGACAGGAUCGGCAUAAACCGGCUACCAAACAGCCGAGGGUAGGCUGCUGCCCCCCACUGUGACGGCCCGGCCCGCUCCACAGCGCCCCCUCUGGACAGGGCAUCACCACCAAUGCAUGAAACACAGCCAGUCACCUGCUGAGCCACGCCCCCUACCUGCCAAUCACCACCUUCACUUCACCUGGACACCAGCCCCACCUGCGUCACCUAAUUUAGAACUCUGCAAAUGCUGCAUUCAGGUGCUGCUCAGCAAAUUCAUCACUCAGAGCAGCAGAACGUCUAGGUUUUAGCACAACUGUGGAAAUGGCAAAUAUCACAUUAAAAAAAUGAAUUUCCUCUAUUUAACAGAUAUAAACUGAAAGGAAAGAACAGUGGACACACUACAGCAUCCCUGUUGUUCAUGAUUCAUUUCAAUAUCACUUUAAACAGAGUUUUCAACCUCUGAUGUUUCCAAAGUGAACAUUUGGAUGAAGCUGAUGCAGUUUUCUGGGGCACCACCUGAAUGCAUCAUCGUCCCUCUGACUCUGACUGGAGGCGUUUCACCGCCUUGACGUUUCUUUGACAGGUUUCCACUGCACCAGCGUCAGGUCACUUCCAUUGCAAACACGAGACGCCGACUGUUCCCAGUGUCCUGUUGUCUUUUCUGCUGCAGCAGCUCUUCGAGGAGACACAGAAACACGCUGGAGCGCUUCAGCCCAUUAACUCUAAUCUAGAGCCCCACGACAGGAGCCGCUGUUGGUUUCUUAUGAAUAACUUCCCGUCAGCAAUUCCAACGAGUGCUGUGUCAGCACAAUAACUGUACAACACCAACCAUAAAAUAGAUUUAAAAGCCAACGCUGGUGCAGUGAAGACAUUUUUCUCUUCUGAGAAAAAAUAUUUUUUGUUCAGUGCUGUUAAAUGCUUACUGCCAUAAUGAGCAAAAUAAAGAGUAAAUGUUACUGAGUGAAUGUGACCAUCGGUGACUGUAGUUAGUGGUAAACGUAGCUUUUCCAAAGGAGGACUUGGACUCGAUCUUUAUAAAAGGUGAAGGUUUCGUGUUUCCUAAACCCAUGAGCUACAUGUUGAGGACGGAGAUGACUUGGUUACAAAUAAAACCUAUAUGUA